GUGUACUGCAAGAAGGUCAGCUGAUCACCGGAGGCGAACAACACAGACAGAACAAACCCAGCCCAGACAAUUUAAAAUAGAUCUCGACUAUAAUUUAAAGGUGGCAACUUUUGUGCAUCUGGGAAAAUAUAGAUAUCCAGUAAACGGCACUAAUAGCCAUCAUAAUGGCUACCAGUUCAGAGUUCCGCUUUGAUCGCAAAGGUGCCUAUGCCCUGUAUGUCCUCUUAAUUCUGCUGGUCACCUACCUAUUGAACCAGCUUGACCGUUAUGCUCUGGCCAUCUGUACACAACCCAUGGCUCAGGAGAUAGGCUAUGGUGAUUUUGGGUGUCUGGAACUAAAGAAUGUCUCCAAGGAAGAGAUAGGCAAGGAUGGCUGUCCCAAAAAUGCUACAAAAACACAGUGUAAUUCGUACCUUGGUCCCAACAAUACAGAAGUAUGUUAUUAUGAUAGGACUGGAGGUGGCUUUCAGUACCAGAUUUUAGCUGGACCUAUCUUCAUUGUUAUUUACACAUUCGCAGGCAUUGGACUUGGAUAUUUGGCUGAUAUUACCAAUCGUAAAUUUCUUCUUGCUAUCUGCUUGGCCUUCUGGAGUCUGAUGACGCUUCUUACUGGGUUUGCUACAGAAUACUGGCAUCUCGUCAUUCUAAGAUUUGGAUUGGGAUUUGGAGAAGCCGGCUGUACACCGUUUGCUUCCAGUCUUAUUGCUGAUUAUUUUGCAGCGAGCGUCCGUGGGAUAGCACUUGGUGGUUACAACAUUGGUAUCUAUGCGGGUUACAGCUUGUCCUAUGCUCUCGGGGAUUUUAUAACGGCAGCAAACAUAAAUGGACAGGGUUGGCGUUGGGUGUUUUGGAUAGCUGGUAUACCUGGGUUCCUGGUAGCGGCCCUUCUAGCCUUCACCGUCAAAGAGCCAGUGAGAACGAAAAAUGCAACGCUGCAGGAGAGGUCAGAGUCUUACGAGGUCACCGGUCUGCAGAAGUUAAAGAUGGUGAUGGCCUGCUUCUGUAGUCCCUCCUUACUGAUCCUGUGUCUUGCUGGUUCCAUUAGGAAUGGAGCUGGCUAUGUAUGGGGUUACAACACCCAGCUUUACUUUACAACUUAUUACCCUGAAGUCAGCACAGGACAAUGGCUAUCAUGGAUCCCGCUGGUAGGGGGCAGCAUUGCAGUGGUCUUCGGAGGAUUUAUAUCCGAUAGAGUGGUCAAAUGGGGACCGUACGCCAGGAUAUGGGUCUUGAUCGCAAGUCUAACAUUAGCUGCUCCUUUUGCCGCUGGUACCCUAUUCUUCGAGCCACCAUGGGCGUUUGUUUGUCAAAUACCUACCUACAUCAUUGGAGAAAUGUGGGUCAGCGUGACGCUAGCCGUCGUGAUAGAACUGGUCCCGUCAAACAUCAGAACGACGGCCAUCGCUUACUACUUCUUCAUCAUCAGUAACAUCGGUGGUAACAUGCCCCUCUUAGUACCCCCUAUUGAACAGGUUACCAGCCUCCGCACAGCCUUGUACAUACUCUACCCAGGCUGCUAUCUGUUGGCGGCUGUCGUAUUUGCUGUCUGUAUGCUCGUUGUGAAGAGAGAUAUUCGACGCAAGCAAGAACUUGACAUUCCAGAUUCCAGUCCGCUCCUAGCCGAGGAUGUAGCGAAUCCAAAUGAUAACGAUACAAAGAUGGAUUGAUAGGUUUAUGUAUGUACAGUGGUAAGAAAAAUGUUUAUUUUAUCUUUGCUGUAAGCACAACUCGUGUAUAUUCAUGUUGUUUGUAUGUACGAGUAGGGAAGUACUUCUAGUUCAACUUUUAUGCUAUUCUGUAUUAUUUCAUUUAAGUAAGUCUAUAUUUUCUAUGGAUGUUCACAGACAUUGUUCUGAAGUUAACUUGCACAAACUUGUAUCUGUUUGUUAUUGAGAAUCAGGGUGUCUGUUAUGGGGCAUAAUGCUAUAUCUAAUUGCUGGAACAUAACAUUACGUUAUUAAGAAAUUGCAUGUUUCUACAAGAUUUGCUCAAACUUAAAACCUCUUUUCCCCAGUUUUCUUGAAUAUAAAUUCUGUCUUCUUCAGUGUUGUAACCAUCAAAUUCUGUGUUUUUUGGGUGACAUGUACAAAACAUUUGAUAAAGCAAUAAAGCAACCAAAAAAAGCCACAAAAAUGUCAAUAUUAUUAUCAUACCCUCCAGCAUUUUAGGAACACGCAAUUGUAAUCAUUGCACCAUUUCAAUGAACUUGCUGCAAAAGUAGGGAUAUUAUUGGGCAUCAGGAAUAGUCCAGACAGGCAACAAAAAAUGAUUUCUUAGUUUCUGGGGGCUACUUUUUCACAACCCAUUUUCUAAACUGCAACAUAGGUUAAAAAAGUUUUGACAUUGCUGUGAAUGUAGAUAUUCCAGUUCUCUUUUGAUCAUUUCUAGGGCUAAAUUGCCCCGAGCCCCCGUGUGAUUCUUUUCUCUGGGCCCAGUUUCUGGACUAGUCCUGAAUUUGGUCCAGCGGUCUAGCGUCCUUUGGCAAGGCGUUAAUCCACACUUUGCCACUCUUGACCCAGGUGCUAAAUGGGUACCAGGUAGGAUGCGAAAGAUAUUGUAUGUUUUAAUUUGCCAGUGCCAUAAUGAGGCUGUGAUGAAUGCAAGGAAUGCUCUCCAGGGAGUGGAAAUCGUGCACUUUUUCGUGCGGGAUUGAAAUGAAUCCAAUGACCGGGGUAAUAAUGAGCUGUAACGCGCUUUGAGCCAUUCUGGGAAAAGCGCUAUAUAAAAAUUGGCUAUUAUUAUUAUUAUUAUUUGGGAUCCAUUUCUUUAAAGAUCAACUUACUGGUGAACCUAGAGAAAUGCAUGUCAUAGAAUUUAUUGGCUCAAAUUUUUAUGGAAAUGUAGUCUUAACAAAUAGGUCUAUUAAAUGAUCGAUGUCUACAUGUAGGGUUUAUUUCCAAUUCGUCUAAUGCCAAUGUAUUAUAACCAGACAAUCCUCAAUCACUGCUUUGUAAUAUCCUUGAAAAGGAGUGUGAUGACCAAAUGUUACUAUGUACUUAAAUUUGUAUUUUUCUGUAAUUUUUGCAAUCCAUUUCCCUCAUUUGAAUACAUGUAUAUUUUAAAGCUAAUCUGAUAGUGAGGAAUUAUUUUGAUAUCAAGAUUUUGAAAUCAUGUUUAAUUGCAAGAAUACAGUACACAUAGAUGUAUAUCUAGUAAGUUUUGUUUACAUAAACUGAAUGUUAUGAAGUCAUUCAAUCUAGACUAAAACCCUGUGCUGGCCGCACAAACAUUGUCAGCCCAACAGUAAAUAAGCCCAGUGACAUCUUUUGGAUUGAGAAGUCAAACCAUUUAUUUCAAUGUGUAAGUAAUGCAUUGUUGUAACAUUAGGCAUCGCUUCCACGUUAAUAGUCCAAACAAGGCCUCUGUUAGCACAUUGUUAGUGCCAACAACGUUUCUGUGCGGUCAGUACAGGAAUAUACAGAUGGUACAUGUGCAUGUGUAUUAUUACUGCAUUGGGAAAAGCCAAAUUAACAGAAUGGGAGAUACCACAUACAGCUGUACAUGUAUGUGGAUAUUUCUCUCGCAAAACCUUCAUGUGUACAGUUGUGCUCAAAAGUUAGUGAACCCCACCACAACAUGCACUCCUUCAUGCUGAGUGUUGAAUGUAGACAACAGAACUACAAUGUUCAGUGAGCCCAGAGUUACAAAAUUUAUCGAAUGUAAUAUGUUAUCAAGUGACUUCAUAAUUAAAUAUCUAAAACAUGGCAGAACUUGAACACUUCUGGUGGGGUUCACUGACUCGUAGUACUUGGGCAUAUGAAACCACUUUUGGAAAUAUAUGUUCUAUCUCUCAAGGUUUAUCAAUAAAUAUUCAUAACAUGUUUUAUUCGAUACUACUUUCUAAUUUCAAUUAAUAUUUAAUGAUGUAUAAAUGUAUAAAGCUAUUGCUACAGAUAUUUUUUUGUAUUUUUCUAGGAAAUAAUUUUUUCUAUAUUGUGAAUUUAGCAUUACUUUUACUGCCUAAUUAUAUAUGCAUUAGGUUUGUGUUGAAAUGAUUAUAUGGAUUUGUAAUUUUUCAUGUAAUAUAAUUAUAACUCUUCAGAGAUUUAUUUAUACAUGGAUAUUAUAUUUUCAUUAUUAUAAUAUAAUGUAACUUGUCUUUCAUGUAUCUUUUUUUUUUGCGUAAUAUGAACAUGGGUAUAUAAACAGAGAUUACCGGUACUAAAAAAUAAAAAAAGAUUCAUAUUGCAUAGCUUUUUUUGUGAUUUAUAACCAUUUAUUGUUAUACAGAUUCAUAUAAUUUUCCUGUAUUUAACAGGUUGUAUGCAGAGAUGCCAACCUAAAGGGAUGGUUGUCAGGAAUAUUUACCAUAUUUGUCAGGAACAAAUGGGAGUUUCUCAGGAACAUCCCGCGAAGUAGCAUCGUUUAUACGCUCAACCACCCAAUGAUUACAUGUACAUGUAUGUGUACAGUCAAUCGCCAUUGACAUUGUGCAUGCAUGAACUGCGGCGCGGCUUGCACUCCGCACUUCGCUGUGUAUUCAGCAGCAGCGCGCGGAGGCGCUUGCAAUAGAAAUCUCAGUAGAGAAACUCCCGUUGGUUUACCGUUGGCCACACACACGCUGCAUGCACGAUACCUGUAUACACAAUACACGCAUAUACAUGCACAAUACACAAUACACGCAUAUAUACACAUGCACAGCAAAGCAAUACACAUGUAUUGUAGUUGUUUUUUCCGUAACCUUUUUAUUGUUGCCGUAACACCGUAAUUGGAGGAAUAAAAUCGGAACAAAUACGUCGAAUCCGUAACGGUUGGCAUCUCUGUGUAUGUAAUAUGAGACAAAAUAGGAAUACUCAAAUUAAAUAAAUGUUACUUCUUUGUAUUCAAAAAUAAAUAUUCAUUACGUAUUACCUAGAGAUAGACACUAAUGAUUUUGAAUUAUCAAGAGAACUAAUCUUCUGUAUGAGGAAAAAAGGAUUCUCUCCUAUUCUAAGAUGGAAUUCAUAGCACGUUGAAUAAAAUAAUCAUAAUUGGAAUUGCUAAUCGGGUUUUAAAUGUAGUUUCAGUGUGAAAAUAGCUGGUUAAUUUGUGCAUUUCAUAAUAAAUGCAUGCAAGUUGUGACAUCAAUCCUUAGCGGAUUGGCCAACGACACUGUCCUCAUCACUAGGAGUACUUAACUCCAUGCAUUAAUCAGUGUAUUUCUCCCUCAAAGUGAUUCCAUGAUAUUACUGCUAUUUUUACUGAUCAAUACUUAUUUUUCCCUGCACUUGGGCUUAACAAUACAUAAAAUGUUUCUCUAUAUUUUCACUCUCGGUGUGUGCUAUCUAAGAAAAAGUUGUCAACCCUUGAGGGCACAACUUGACCCCUCAUUAUAAGCCAGUUCGGGUUCCAUUCUAGGCAUGAAUCAGAAGGUCAUUUGUACUAAAAAGUUACAUGGUGGUUUCAUAUUUAAUGAGACAUGCACCAACUUUGAUUUCUUUAUUAUUCAUAUAUUCUUAUGAAUUGUGUUUUUCAUUAGAUCCACAAAAAACAAUGCGUCCACUAGCGACUGAUACUUCACAGUUGGCCAAGUUCAUUGUUAUAACAUGCAGAUGCAUUCAAAGUAGAAAUGCAACAAAUACUUUCAUAGCGUGUGUUUAUUGGUGUGCUAUGCUAGUCACCUGGUCUAAUCAGUUUUUACAGAAAUGAAUGGUCAUUUGACCAAAAUUGCUCAUGAGGUAACUCUAAACCAGAACAUUUAUGGUUCAUGUUUUAUGAAACCUGUGUACCAUAUAAAGCAUUGAAAUAUACUAUAUAUAUACUAUAUACAGGAGGCCGGACAUGAAUUACACAAAAUUAGUUUAUGCAAUCCAUGUACUUAAGGAAUUCAAUUAUUAUGUCAUGAAUGGACCCAUCGAAAUCCAUGCAGUUCAUAAGCAGAUGUAUAAAAUUUGUUUCAAGAAAUAAAUAUUACAGCCUAUUCUUAUGCUAUCACUCUUAUGUACUGUAUUUAAAAUAUGGUUCAAAUGUAAAUGAAUAUUUAUCAAAUGUAAACUUAAACACUGCUUGAUGCAAAUCGCAUAUAUGAUUUAUGACAACAAAUAUAUAGAAAUCAAUAAAUUGAUUAAUGAAAGAACCACCUCA